AGCCGAUAACAAAAUUUCGAUUAUGGUAAGAAUGUCAAUUCAGAACAACACAUGGGUGUUUCACACAUAGCAAAAAUUGCUGUUUGAAAAACUAAAAUGUUUGCUGCCCGAAGUUUGCUGUAUUUUCGAAAAAUAUCUUUAAUUUCUCCUGUUAAAAAUUCUGAACGGCUUGUAUUGCGAAGAGAGACACAUUCCGUACCACAAGCGUUGCGUUCGACAAAACCGAAAUCUAACAGAAAAGAGCCAAUUUAUUUCGUGGAUUCCAAACAAGUACAAGUUAUCGGGGGAAAGGGAGGCGAUGGCUGCAUUUCGUUUUUACAACUCUGGUGCAAUGAAAGAGCCGGUCCUGACGGUGGUGAUGGCGGAAAUGGCGGUCAUGUAAUUUUCCAAACUUCUACCGACGUGCGUAACUUUAAUCACGUUCUAAGUAAAAUCAGAGGAUUGUGCGGAGAAAAUGGUCGAGGGGAGCAUUGUCAUGGAAAGAAUGCUCAGCACACAAUUGUGAAAGUUCCAGUGGGGACGGUUGUACGGAAUAUAGGGGGCCAAAUAGUGGGUGAUCUAAGUGAAGUUAAUAUAAUGUUUGUAGCUGCUCGUGGUGGUGUUGGCGGUAAAGGAAACAAAUUUUUUGCCACUUCAAUUCAAAAAAGUCCAAAAAUUUCUGAGUAUGGCCCUGAAGGCGAAGAUAUUUCAUACAUUUUAGAAUUAAGAACUAUGGCUGAUAUAGGAUUUAUUGGUCAACCAAACGCAGGUAAGAGUACUUUGCUUAAUGCAAUAACACGAGCGAAGCCGAAAGUUGCUCCGUACGCAUUUACAACGCUUCGACCUUACGUUGGAAUGGUACAAUAUGAUGACUUUACUCAAUUGGCAAUUGCCGACUUACCAGGUUUAAUACGUGAUUCACAUCUGAAUAAAGGACUCGGAAUACAGUUCCUUAAGCAUGCAGAACGAUGCAAAGUGUUACUUAUUGUUUUGGAUGCUAGUUUAGAUAACCCUUCCCUCCAAUACGAACAACUUAUACAUGAGUUAAGAAAAUUCAGUAAAAACUUAGCAGAACGGCCGAAAAUAAUUGUAGCGAACAAAAUGGAUAUUCCCGAAGCUAAAAAUAAUUUUCAAGGUCUUCAAAAUGAACUCAAAGUAAAGGUAAUACCUAUUAGUGCUAAAACGGGUGCAAAUCUGUCGGAAUUGUUAAGAGUUAUGCGCGAGUAUUAUGAAUUAUACAAAUAAGAAAAUAACUUGUUAUAAAUCAACGUUUAUUGUUAUUCAUUCAGUCAUACGUAGUAAAUAAAACUAAGAGCUUAAAUUCAAGUAA